AUGAGUGCAUCGACAUUGGCAACGCCUGUUCCGCCCCCGCUGCCCGUUACACGCACCGCACAGCCGCCGCCGACGCACGUCGAGUUCCUCCUCUCGCAAGUGCGGUCCAACCUGCGCUACCUCUCCGAGAUCGGCGCAUUUGACACUCCCACCUACCGGCAAAUCCACGAUCUCCUCGUUCGCGGCACUCUUGACCCCCACGCCGUGUCUCCCAGUACGCAACUUCCUCCAUCACGUCCUGUCGAGCGCUCUGAAUCGGCCGAUGAGCUGGGCAGCAAGAACGCCUGGCUGCGCAAGGUGCUUGCCGAAUCAUCAGUUCUGCCUACAACUGUCGAGACCGCGCUGUCGCUGACAGCGGGGCCGCUGCUGUCCGACGAUCAGAAGGAGGCAAUUGUGCAGCUCGUCGAGUACUCGCAGCAAGGCGUGGCGAACAAGAUCACCGACCCGACAUUGCAGAGGCGCAUGGGGUCGGGCGCUAGGACUGCACAAAGCUCGACGGCGCGCAAGGUUUCGAGCUGGAGUAAGGGGUUGAAGCAGGACCGACAGAAGAAAAAGUCGCAGAGUGAGGAGAAGAAGGAUGGAAAGAGGAGGGAGAAGGAGGAGCGAAGGCAGAUCAAGGCGGAGCUGAAGCAGGAGCGGAACGAGGUGAUUCGCAUGCGCCAGCAGCAGAUGCUCGGUGCCAAUGCAAGUCAAGCAUCGGGGAUUACUGCCAGUCCUGUGUCCGCAAGUAGAGCACCGGCAAAUGUGGACGACGAUAGCAGCAGCCAAUCGAGCUCCGAGGACGAAGCACAACUCACCAACCACGGUCCGAUCAACAGCCGUGACUUUGCAACGGGUGCAAGUGCGAUUGCAGACACUGCCACGCUCACCGUGCUCUCCCAGCCCAUCAGGGGCAGCGAGGAUAGUGUGGGCGGCACCAACACCACAUUUGUCGUGGAGCCAGGGCUGGCUAUAUCGUGCUCGCUCGUCGUGAUCAAAGGAAGCCAAGUGCAGGAUCAGCUCGAGCGGGUGCGUGAGACAGCCGCUGCAACUCCAGCAACAGUCCCGGCCGAAACGGCUUCGCAGGCGACGAUUCCUCCACCGAGCCAUCCCGACGUGCUGGCGGUGAGGAGGCAGAGCGGCAGUGCAUCGCAGCCGCCAAUACCGCCUCGACCCAGCACACAGAGGACCAGUUGA